CAGUUCUGAGAUUAUUUUGCUUUGACAGAUAUUUCCACAACUCGGAUAUUGACAUCAUCUGGAAAUGCUCGUCGUCGUCGCUGCGCUCGCUCGAGCUUCGUGGCCAAGUAGCCGCCGAUGGAUGUCCACUGCAAUGCUGCCGCAGUUAGCGCGCGUCGAUCUGGACCCGCCAGCGAGGGUGGAGGACGAGAUGGUCUACCUUCGAUUGCACUCCAAGCCAAAGUCCAAUUCAGCGAGUGGCAGCCGUUUGGCCACCCAACCCGCCCAGACGCAACUUCGGCUGUCGGUUGUUGCAGAUGUCGAGCAACGACGUCGCGUUAGCGUGGCAGCCACACCGAUGGCGCAGCAGUUACAAGUACAUGGACCAUCACAACCUGCAGAGCAUCCGUCAGCCACGUCGUUCCUCGAUGUCUGGUCCAGCCGAUCAAGCAGCGACCGUCCAGACCUUCGCUUUGCCUUGGUCGAGACUGGAGAGCAGCGACAAGAGGCGGAAUCCACCAAGCACAUUGAAGUGACCAUUCCACUCAAGUGGUCGUUCGCAUUGGAUGCAAGCACGCUCGCGGGCAGCACCGCCUUCUCUGCCUCCAAGAUUGAAAGCCACGCAGUGCGUGUCGCGCUGGCUGGCCAGAGCUCGUGCCAGUUGAACUCUGUCAAGGCCACAUUUGUGACCGUUUCCACCGAGGACGGCGACAUUCAUGCAGACACGCUGCUGGGAAACUUGCAGCUGACGUGCGCGGGGCGAGGGCAAAUCCAAAUACACACCAAGGCUCAGGGAGAGUCGAUGGAGUUUGCGUCCAAGGCCGGCAGCAUUCAUUGCCAGAAUGUGUACACGAAUACGCUGCACAUUUCGAGCGGAAGCAGCGGCGCAGACGCACAACAGCCACCACAAGAGACGACGACUGCUACUACUUCACAGUGGACCAUUGGUGCCUUGCACGCCGAAGAAGAGUGCACUGUGACGAUGGAUGGGGAAUACGGGCGGCCGCGUUUCGUGGUCGAUUCUUUUGCAGGCGGAUCGCUGCGAGUCAAGUCAUCACAGCCCUGCGAUCUUGACAUUCGACACGAAGAGCGAGCUGGAUUGAUUCAAGUCGACGCUGUCGGCAACUCGACUGUGGUCAUCACGUCGCCAGCAACCAGCAGCAGCAGCGCUAGUGCCGGCCGACGGCAACUGCAUCUCGCCGAACCGUCCGCUACUUCGACGCGUAUCCAGGUGAAUAAUCCCAACGGCUCGACCCAGCUCAAGCAAUCGAGUUCUUCGUCGUGGUUGACUGGCGCCUUGUCCAAGCUGUCUCUGUCCGAUGAAUGAAACACAAACAAAAGAAAAAGAACAAAACAGGAAAGUAACAAAGUAAAAUAAUCAAACUCUGA